ACCCACCGGCCACCGCGCGCCCCCAGUACUCGACUGACUCCGCUCGUGGCGGCCGCCGGCGCCGGCAUCCUCCUGCCAUUUCCGACUAUACUCUCAGAAUCACCAGGCUCUAGCCUCUCGUGUGCGCGAGCGCACGCCAUGCUCAGAUGCCUAACCAAGAACCCAUUGCUCCCGCGCCGACGGCUCCUCCUCCUCCUCCAGCCCCGCCGCCCCUGCGCCGACGCCACAUCCUCGGCGGCCGCCGGGGAGAUCGCGCCGGCUCCCGCCGCAAAUGAGGCCCCCCUUCAAGAUGACCUCAGGGAGGAGUCGCGCAGCCGCCUCGUGCAGGACAUCUGCAGGCUGCUGGAGCUCCGGGACUCGUGGAGCGCGAAGCGGGAGGCGCAGCUCCGGCACCUCCUCCGCGUGCUCUCCCCGCCGCAGGUCCGCGCCGUGCUGCGCGCGCAGGCGCAGCGGGACGCCCGCGCCGCGUUCGAGUUCUUCCGCUGGGCCGACCGCCAGUGGAAGUACCGCCACGCCCCGGAGGUGUUCGACGAAAUGCUCGCGCUCCUCAGCCGCACCAGGCUCCACGACCCGGCGCGCCGCGUCAUGCGCCUCAUGAUCCGCCGGGGCAUGCGCCGGGGGACUCAGCAGUUCGCGCACCUCAUGCUCACGUACAGCCGCGCGGGGAAGCUCCGCUCCGCUAUGCGCGUGCUCCAGCUCAUGCAGAAGGAUGGGUGCGCGCCCGACAUAUCUAUAUGCAACGUGGCAGUGAACGUGCUUGUUGUGGCUGGCCGCAUCGACAAGGCUCUCGAGUUCGCCGAAAGGAUGCGGCGUGUUGGGGUUGACCCAGACGUAGUCACGUGCAAUUGCCUGAUCAAGGGAUUAUGCGAAGCUCGGCGGGUCGUUGAUGCACUGGAGAUGAUCGGUUCAAUGCUGCAAAAUGGGUGUCCACCAGAUAAAAUUAGCUACUUUACGGUGAUGAGCUUCUUGUGCAAGGAGAAGAGGGUGGCAGAGGUGCGGAAUUUGCUUGAGAGGAUGAGGAAUGAUGCAGGUCUAUUUCCAGAUCAGGUCACGUAUAACAUGCUCAUUCAUGUUCUUGCAAAGCAUGGUCAUGCAGAUGAGGCAUUGGGGUUUCUGAGGGAGUCAGAGGGGAAAAGAUUCCGUGUUGAUGAGGUCGGUUAUAGUGCGAUUGUACACUCAUUUUGCUUGAAUGGUAGGAUGCCAGAGGCAAAGGAAAUUGUAAGUGAGAUGAUUUCAAAAGGAUGCCGCCCUGAUGUUGUAACAUAUAGUGCAGUUGUUGAUGGAUUCUGCCGUAUUGGGGAACUCGAUCAAGCAAGAAAGAUGAUGAAGCAUAUGUAUAAGAAUGGUUGCAAGCCAAAUACAGUCACACAUACUGCUCUUUUAAAUGGGCUUUGCAAAGUCGGGAAAACUUCAGAAGCAUGGGAAUUGUUAAACAAGAGCGAAGAGGAAUGGUGGACUCCAAGUGAUAUCACAUACAGUGUUGUUAUGCAUGGAUUUAGGAGGGAAGGGAAAUUAAAGGAAUCAUGUGAUGUGGUGGUGCAGAUGUUGCAGAAGGGUUUCUUCCCCACAACUGUGGAGAUUAACUUAUUGAUCCAUGCUUUAUGCAAGGAAGGAAAGCCAGCAGAGGCCAAAGACUUCAUGGAACAGUGCCAAAGCAAGGGCUGCUCCAUUAAUGUUGUUAACUUCACCACUGUAAUUCAUGGAUUUUCUUGCCAGGGUGAUUUGGAAUCGGCGCUCUCUUUACUGGAUGACAUGUAUCUGACCAACAGGCACCCUGAUGUUGUUACGUACACUGUUGUUGUUGAUGCUCUAGGAAAGAAAGGUAAAAUGAAAGAAGCCACAGAGCUUGUAAAGAAAAUGCUUAAUAGAGGUUUGCUCCCUACACCUGUCACAUACAGAACAGUGAUACAUAGAUAUUGUGAAAGGGAUAAAGUUGAAGAUUUACUCAUUCUGCUGGAUAAGAUGUUAGCAAGGCAAGAGUUUAGUAGUGCGUACAAUCAGGUCAUUGAGAAGCUAUGUGCAUUUGGUAAACUUAGUGAGGCUUACAAUCUCCUUAGCAAGGUACUAAGAACUGCCUCAAAAAGAGAUGCUCAGACAUGCCAUGUUUUGAUGGAGAGUUUUCUGAAUAAAGGACUCCCACUUCAAUCAUAUAAUGUGGCCUGCCGCAUGUUCCAGAGAAAUUUAAUUCCUGAUGUUAAAUUAUGUCAAAAAGUUGACAGUCAGCUGGCUCUAGCGGGAGAGACACAAGCAGCCAGAAAGCUUAUCAUUAAGUUUGUUGAAAGAGGUAUUCUAAAACAAAACAACUGAGUUAUACCAUGGUCCUGGUGUCCUGUGUUUGCUAAUAGGACAGCUAAGCUUUAAUAAACAGUCAAUGUGGUGCAAACAGGACCAUUACAUGGCCUCGUACCUUGUACAGAGACUUGUGCUCAGGGCUCGUGGCAUGAGUCUUAAAUUUACAGUAACAUGUCACCAACUCCUCCAGGACCUGGAUAUCUAUGCGACUUGAUGUCAGUACCAGAUCUUCAACUUGGUGACCGGUGAGCAUGAGCGAUUGUAUUUUUGUUGUUGGACUGCAGCUUCAAAUUGUCGAAUGAAAGUUAGAGCAUAAUCAUUUUUUC